UUUUCCUCCACAGCUACACCUCAUCCAGGUGGCUUUAAGUGCUUCACAUGUGAAGACGUGGAAGAUAAUUAUGAGUGUAAUCACUGGGCACCAGACGUGUACUGCCCAAAAGAUUCCAGGUACUGCUACACAUUCCACAUGAUGGACACCCAGUGGAACAGCGUGUCUGUCACCAAGCGCUGUGCGGCCCUCGCUGACUGUCAGAUUUCUGGCUGUGCUGAUGUCAGUGAUAAUGGCUAUCACGGCUGCUCAUCUUACUGUGAAGGUAACAUCUGCAACUUGCUGGUGCAGAGGAAUGAAAGCAACGCCAUUUUCUCCACGUCUCCUCCUCUAGUCAACUUGAGCAGAAAGCUUCUUCCUGCAAUGAUGACCUGCAUCAUCAGCAGCGUUAUCACAGUGAAUCAUACAGCAAAGACAAGCAUUUGUGGAACAUAGUACAGGUUACUUCCCAGCUGAGGCUGGUGCCCAUUUUACAGCUGGGUAGACUGACACAAUGCAGAUUAAGUGUCUUGUCCAAGGACACAGGUAACACAAGUGGGAUUCAAAUCCAGGUCAGCAUUAUUGACAGGCCAGCUCCUUAUCCACUCAGCUACCUGCACUGAUAAGCAAUAUUGUCACCAGUCUGUAAUUUACUUAUGUAAACAUACAUACAAAAGGGACAGAAUGAUAAAUGAUUAGAGCAGGCACCCCUCAAAAACUGCAUGACCAUGCAGAACUUAUUCUUGUGGGACGACAACUUCAGCAUUGGCUCUAUUAACUGUACAUUCACUUGGGUUGAGGUCAGAUAGCUAACUUGCCUGUUACA